AUGAUCGCAAGGGGAGUGUACGGUGCUAGUCGAUUUGGGCGAAUCAACGGGGGGUCGAGAUAUGUGCAACUGCAGAAGCAGAUCCAUCUCAGCCAGUACAGGACGUUUAUUACGGAGAGCAAUAAGCCAGAGCCAUCUUCAGCGCCAGUGAAUGUACUCAACGAUCCGCCAGCAGCAUCGACGGCGUCACCAGAAGCAGUAGCAGCGGCACCAUCACCACCAGCAGGAGCACCAUCACCAGAAGCACCCGCACAUCUGCAAAACAUCGUUGAGAGCACUACUGAGCCACUCAAAUAUGGCGAUCUCGCAGAACUCGGGCUAUGCAACAAGUGGUAUGGCUUUGUCCAGCAAGCGUUGGAAGCUGUUCACGUUUCCACUGGUUUGCCUUGGUGGGCGACGAUCGCAGUGACGACAGUAUCACUCAGAAUGGCGCUGUUCCCACUCUUGCGCAACAGCCUCAUACACACAUCUCGCAUGGCAGUCCACCAGCCAGAAAUGCAAUCCAAGAUCAACUCAAUGACUGCCGCAAAGAAGGCUGGUAAAGACCAAGACGCGGCUGUACUCGGACAGGAGAUGAGGAUGUUCAUGAAAGAGAAGAACCUUAAACCUCUGCGUGGAUUAGUCUUACCACUUAUUCAGAUGCCCCUCUUCAUCGCUUUUUACUUUGGUCUAGACGAUAUGGCUAGAUUACCAGUCAAGCAGCUCGCAGAAGGUGGUUUCGGUUGGGUGCAGAAUCUCACUAUCCCCGAUUAUACGUGCAUACUGCCUAUUAUCUCAUCUUCUCUCAUGUUCAAGAGUAUCAGUAUGGGUCCUGAUGGGAGCGGUAGUGUGCAGUCCCCGCAAGCACAGAAAAUGAAACCUUUCUUCCAGAUUGGUUCGUUUAUUAUCGUUCCUAUGGCGUGGUGGCUGCAGAUGCCAAGUGCGGUAUUCAUCUACUGGUGCACCACUAACUCAUUCUCACUCGCCCAAUCCUACCUCCUCAGCUCAACCAGGGUGAGAAACAGCAUGGGGCUGCCAUCAUUGGAUGUGAUUGCAGAGAACAACAAGCGUAACUUCCCACAACAGUACGCUGACAGCAAUCAGAAGCAGCCAGGUUUCUUGGAAAGUGUCAAAUCGUCAUACAACACUUUCAGGGAGGAAUUUGAAGAGAAGAAGAAGCCGAUGCAGGAGGCAGCGCGCGCACAAGAGAAACUCAACAGAGAAAGACUUAUUCGUCAAACACACGAGGCUGAGAGAAGCGAUAAAGGUCUGUAUGAGAAAGCGGAGAAUGUGGGUGAAAUGGCGGAAGAGAAGGAGAGCGAAGAACGUCAGAAGAACCCAACUGUCUCUGCGAUGGAUCGCGAGAAACGCGAGAGAGCACUGAAGAAUGAACAGCAGAGACUUGCGAGGUUCCAUCGUAACGCUAAGAGGCAGUCGAGGUACUAA